AUGAUAAAAAUAUGUCUAUCUCUACAUUUUAUUUUGCAGCAAACUGAGUUUGAAGAGCAUGUAGAGCCAGCAUUUAAAAAGAACAAAUUUGAUGAAUCCUUCUCGAAUGACUCUCUUACUGGCAUUGAAAUAUUAAAUGUUGAUGAGUUGCCAAUUUACGUUGGGAAUGAAACUUGUUCAUCAGUGCAAACUGCACCAAGUCCACAGCCUUCCUCAUCCUCAAGUGUUUAUUUAGAAUCGAUUUCUGGAUCAUCAACUUUUACCGUGGUUUCCAAGGAGAAGUACGAUCCUGAAAAGAACCUAGAGACUGUAACCAUUGAAAAUAUUAACUUAAAGGAUAUUUUCUCUAAUGAUAUCUUUGCUCAGGCCUUACUAGAAAAGGCAAAGAAUAAGACUUUAACAAACAACGACAGAGAUAGGAUUGCUGACAUUGUUACUACCUAUGCACUAAACAAAUAUAGAAGGCUGGAUCAUGACCAUUUUAGAUAUCUAGCUAAACAAAUAGAAAAAUUGUUGCCCAAUGAAAAAAGUUCAACUUAUUUUAUAUCUCCUAUUAAAAACAGAGAUUCUAGGGACAACAAGCCAGUGCGAUCUAGGGGCAAACUUGUGGAAAAAUAUAGAAACAAAUUGCAUCUGCUUAAAUCUUUUAAAGGACAACAAUUGAUUUCUCCAAAGAAAAAUAAACAACAAGAUAUAAAUGAAUUGAAUAUUCCGACACAAGAAGAACUUGAUGUCAUGGAAAUGCCGGUUGUCUUUGUUGGAGAUGUCACAGAAACUACCACAGAAACAACUUUUGAUGAAAAUCAGCUAAUAUUGCACAAUAUUGACUUUCUGAGUGCUUCAGCGAAUCAAGGCAAUAAAAAAGAUAUUCAAAAAAAUCAGGAGGAAACCGGGAAAUUUAUCACCUUAGAUCAGGGAAAUGUUAUAUACCUACCAGGAAAUGGAAAUAAACUACCAUAUUACAAAGGUUAUUCGACAACUUUUGAAGAAAAUCAGCCUAUAUUACAGUAUAUUAAUGACGAAUUAACAGAACAGUAUGAAAGUUCAGUAACUCCGUACAUGUUAAUGGAUUGUUCAUCAUCUGUAUCUUUGAAUUUCCUAUCAUCGAUAGAUGUUGACAACGAAAUUUUAAAUUAUAUCACUACUUCAAAAAACUGGCCAGAAGGACCCGGGAAUGAAAUUAAUAGUGAAGUGCCGUUAGAUUUCGAUGAUUACAUUGCAUUACAACACGAUUUAGCUCAUUUAAACGCCGAAUCGCAACACGACGUCGAGGUAGCAGACUUAUUAGCAAUUCGAGAUUUUUUUACAAAUUUUAUUACUGAUGGAAAUACUCAUGCAUUAGCUGGUGUUCUUGGAUUAAGUGUAAAACAUAUAGUAGAAAAAUAUAUCCUUAAACACCAAUUAUAUCCGUUUAUGGCACCAAUUACUUCAACCGAAAAAAGUUCUACCCAUCGAGGUCAAAAAAGGUACGCUAAUAUUCAACAAGAAAUAAGUGAACAAUAUAAAAGACAUAAAGUCUCAGGUGGUAAAAGUACUUGGCACGAUUUUAUGAGACAGUAUUACGUAACAACGGACAAAGGAUCCUCAUCGACAACAACUACUACAAGGCCAACUUCUAGUGGUGCAUAUAUUGCGGAUCCGGUUUUAGACUCUCCCAGUUCAAGUGAUCAAGGUAGCAAUUUGCGUCUUAAUUUAUCACCAGUCGAUAGUAUGGAUGUUGAUACUGAUUUGCUUGAAGGUCAACAAGGUGGAGCACGUGCAACUCAAGCUUCCCCCAUGGUUCCCACAGCAGUAAGCAAUCCCAAUUUAGAUAAUAUGCUCAUCAAAUAUUAUGGAGAUAAAAAUCUUACUGAAAAUGGGCCCAUGUGUAUGGGUGUACCUAGACACGUUGAUAUGUACGCUUGCUUAAGAAUUAAUUCAAAUCGUUCUCUUCCACAUUACAUAGGACAUAUUGAAGGAGUUUAUCAAUUGGAUCGUUAUAUGCAUCGUUUCAACUUUAUACCAAAAACUGGAGAAGCCAUUAUUAAUUGGGAAUAUACUCCGGCAUAUGGAUUUAUAUCUUGUAAAGAUCAUGAUAUUCCGUAUUGUCGAGAUGAAUCAGAUGUUUGUUAUACUCAGAAUAUUAUUGAUAAAAUGCCUGCUCAAAUUACUACAGCUUUAACAAAAAAUGGAGUGUGUAAAGUAAAACCUGCAGUGAAUACUCAAAAUUUUGAAAGUGGUAAUACUGGUGAUUUAUUAAAAUUUAGUGUUGAUGGCAGCAAAGUCUUUGCUCCACAUUACUCCGCUCCUAAAGGUCCUAAAAUGUGUGUUCCUAACAUUUAUUUUGGAAUUUUACCAACACCAGCUUUGAAUCCCUCCAAGGAUUCUUUAGAUUUUCAAAAUACAGCAGCAUAUUUUGCGGUCGAGGCCGAAAUGGUUCUGGAAUAUGAUUGUGACUCAGUUUUUCCUUACGAAUUAUCAGCUCAUGGAGAAAAUACGGAAUUUGUUGCUUUUCCAGGAAGAGAUCAAUUACGUUAUGAAAAAUUAGAUCCUUUAGGUUUUGAAACGUAUGGAAAUUAA